GCAACUUUCAACUCCGCAAUGAAAUUUGAAACAUGACUUGACUCAUAUCGAUCUCUGACUUGCAUCUCGUACGACUUCAGAGUUGUGUAUUUUUUGCAAAAAUUUGCUUAGGAUUAUUGUACUUGUAAAAGUAAGAGUACAAAAAGAAGCUCGUCAAAAUGUUUGGCUUUAACAUGUUUCCCGACACACCGAGGCAUUUCAAUACCCAAUACAAAUGUUUUUCCGUCUCUAUGAUCCCUGGAAACGAGCGGCAAGAUGUGGAACGUGGCGGAAAAAUCAUCAUGCCUCCUUCGGCACUUGACCAAUUGACGAGACUUAAUAUCGUUUAUCCGAUGCUUUUCAAACUAACUAACAAACGGUCUAAUCGAAUUACACAUUGCGGUGUUCUGGAGUUCGUCGCAGAUGAGGGAAAAGUUUAUUUGCCAUAUUGGAUGAUGCACAACCUUUUAUUGGAAGAGGGUGAAAUAUUGAAUAUUGAAAGCGUAAUGCUUCCAGUCGCUACAUUUUCGAGAUUCCAACCACAGUCUGAAGACUUUUUAGAUAUUACAAAUCCUGGAGCAGUUUUGGAAAACGGUCUGAGAAGUUUUGCCUGUCUUACAACUGGGGAUAUUAUUGCAAUAAAGUACAAUCAAAGGAUAUACGAAAUGUGUGUAUUGGAGACAAGACCUGGCCCAGCAGUUAGUAUUAUCGAAUGCGACAUGAAUGUUGAAUUCGCACCACCGGUCGGUUACAAAGAGCCAGAAAGAGUGAUAAAACCCCGAGAAGAAACAAUAGAUCCUGUCGAUAUGAUGCCGGCUCCUUUAGGCUUCGUCGCCUUUAAAGGACAGGGCAAUAGAUUGGAUGGAAAAAAACGCAAAGAUUCUUCUCUUCCUGAACCAAGCUCUGGCAAACCAGUAUACGUCAGGGGAAUACCGGAUUAUGAUUAUAAAAUCGGGACGUUGAAAUUUUUACGGAGUACAAAGCCGGUUAAUAAUAAAGAGAGUAAAGACGUAGACGAGUUCAAGGCGUUCACUGGUGAAGGUUUUUCUUUGCGGAAAUCGAGAAAAUAGUGUGUGCUAAUAAAGAGUGAGAAAAGGAAAUGUGAAAUUAUGACUGAAAUUUAUUUAUCUAUAUACUUCUAUUAAUUUUUUAAGAUAGUGUUUAUAGAUGAAGUACCAUUUCUAUAACUUUUACUAAAUCUGUAGCUUGUAUAUAGUUUCGGAAAUAGUACAAAAAGCUUGCGUAUCAUAAUUGGGUUUGCCAGAAGAAAAAAAAUUUCGGAAUUUCCACACAUUACGUCCAUUAAAUCCGAUUUACACCAU